CUCGAGGCAAACUUGGGAACAUAUAUAGCAACCUUGAUGUCUGGCUUUGUUAAAACAUUUAACUCCGGUACAGCUGAUAUCACCCAUUCAACAACUGUCCCUCUACAUCUCAAGCUACAUCACACAGCACUGCAGAGAUUCUGAUAUCCUUCCAUAAUUCACAGGCAUCACACAAACAAGAGUCAAGAUGCUCUCAAACAACAUCCUCACAAUACUGGCCAUCGUCAGCCUCUCAGCCGCCCAGAUCCAAGUCCCGCCCUCCAACGCCGCCGACUGCCCUCGCACAAUGUGCCUCGACGGCAUCAACCCAGAAUGCGGAAUCAGAUGGGGAGGCUGCUACGACAUGUGCCAGCCGCAAAUGAGGCCCACCAUGCCGCCUUGCAAGUCCACGCUGAGCAAGUCGACAAUCUCGAGGACGUCCAAGCCCCCGUUCACGAAGCCCACUCGGCCCAGCUUACCGGUGCCCACGCGCAGCCCGACAAUCACGCGAGCGCCGCCUAGCUUUAGUCCCCUGCCCGCGAUGUCGAUCGACAGCUGCAGCACGCGUACCGUGUGUAUUGAUUACAUCAACGAGUGCGGACAGUGGUAUGGCGGAUGCCACUCCGUUUGCCAGCCCUGGCCGUCGUACUCCAAGCCUCUGUGCACACCCACGCCCAGCUUGACUGUCGACCCUUCCACGUUACAAACCGACUACUAAGGACUCUCGCCAACGCUCUAAAAGUUUAUGAAUGGGAUGAAAGGAGUAGCGACCGAUCGAGAUGACGUUUGAUGAUCCUGUAUAAUGACUAGAUAAUUCCCUUCACUGUACAUAUUAGCUAUCAAGUCCCAAUAAGGGUACUUCAGUCUCUUACGCAAUGAUACAGCCUUUGCAGUUACGAUUCUUGUAACGUCCUCGUGUUCUCUUUGCCUCAUACAUGGUGAAUUGCCCAGCACUGUCCGACGAAGCGCCGAGGAAAACGAGAAAAGGCAACCCAAGUGUAGUCUUUGAACAAAAUGAAUUUCUCCUCCUACUUUACACGUUUUUAACUCCAGAGCCAAAGCCCAAAAGCCUGCGGUGUAUGCACCAGCCCUAAUAGCCUGAUUCCAAAGGGUCCAGGUAGCGAUAUCCCCCACGCGGCUCACCCACGAUCAUUAACUAAAUUGUUGCC